CAUCGCUAGACAAACACACGAACGAUCUUGAUAAAUGAUUUCAUCACGAAUAUUAUAAGCACAUAGACAUCAUGUCCAAGAGAAAAGGUGUCUCUCUCGAUGAAAAGCGCAUGAGGAUGCUGCAGAUAUUCUAUGAGAAAAAAGAGUUUUUUACUCUGAAAGAAAUUGAGAAAAUUGCACCCAAAGAAAAAGGCAUCGUGGCGCAAUCCGUCAAAGACGUGCUGCAAGCACUAGUGGACGACGGCUUAGUACGAUCCGAAAAAAUUGGCACUUCUAUUUAUUUCUGGAAGUUUCCAGGGGAAAAUAUCACUGCAACAGAGCGCAGAGUAGCAGAUACAAAUAAAAAGCUUGUCGAAGCAGAAUUUAAGCUUCAAAAGCUGCAAGAAGAAGUACAAAAGGAAAAGGAAUUGAAAUGUGACACAGAAGAGAGGAAAAAGGUACUGGAAAAAGUGAAAAGUCUCAAACAGGAGGAACAGGAAAUAAAAACGAAAAUUGCCCAACUUAGUGGAAUCAAUCCAGAGGAAAUUGCAGAAAUGAAUACAAAGGCGAAGAGAUACAAGGAUGGAGCCAACACAUGGACAGACAACAUCUUUGCUCUACAAAGCUGGUGCAAAACUAAAUUUGGCAUCUCGGAACAGGAGCUUAAUAAACAAUUUAACAUCCCUGAGGACUUGGAUUACAAAGAAUGAAUGUGAAUGAAUUUUGUGAAUAUUACUUUACAAUUUGUUAUAGCUAACUUUUAUUAAUUAUCAACAAGUUUUGUAAAUUUCUGCUA